CCAAGCGUUCGUUCCGUCAACUAUUUAGCAAAUCACACGGUGGUUUUCCUUAAUUUGGUCACUGUCCAAAUCGUAUAGCUUACACUCAGACCUGCAAAUAUUGAUUCCUCCCCUCUCUUCAUAUUUACACAACCAUGGCUACAGUUUCUCAGUUGAUUAACUUUCCAUGCAGGACCUUCUUAAUAACCUCACAGCCCAAUAACUUCACCUCAAAACUCUCGGCUCUGUCUCCCAACUCUGCAAAACCAACUCAGAAUUUGAUAAAGAAAUCUCAAUAUUUGACCCAGAGAUCAAUCCAGGCAAGACCUGUUUUCCGGGUCCGUGCUUCGGACACCGACGACGAAUGGGGCCCAGACAAGGAGGAGCCGGUUGUGAUAGAGAGUCCUGGAGUGGCCGUGGCAGAAGAAGAGAAGAAGCCUGACCAAGUGGUGGAAAUCCAGAGCUUGAAGAAAGCUUUGGUGGAUUCGUUUUAUGGGACUGAUCGUGGAUUGAAAGCUAGUAGUGAGACCAGGGCUGAGAUUGUUGAGCUUAUAACUCAGCUCGAGGCGAAGAACCCAACUCCAGCACCCACCGAGGCGUUGCCUCUGCUCAACGGCAAAUGGAUUCUCGCGUACACGUCUUUCCCGGGUAUGUUUCCGUUGUUGUCAAGGGGUCAAUUUCAGUUAGUCAAGGUGGAGGAAAUAUCACAGACCAUCGAUGCCGAAAAUCUCACUGUGCAGAACUCUGUUCAGCUCUCUGGACCAUUAGCCUCGAGUUCCAUUAGCACCAAUGCUAAAUUCGAGGUCCGAAGCCCCAAACGUGUGCAGAUCAAGUUUCAGGAGGGUAUCAUUGGAACUCCCCAGCUGACAGACUCCAUAGUGUUACCAGAAAAUGUGGAGUUUCUAGGACAAAAAAUCGAUCUCACUCCUCUUAAAGGCUUGCUCACCUCAGUGCAAGACACAGCUUCAUCUGUUGCAAAGACAAUUUCCAGCCAACCACCAUUGAAGAUCCCAUUGUCAAACAGCAAUGCCGAAUCAUGGUUACUUACAACAUACCUCGACGAUGAACUGCGGAUUUCACGAGGGGAUGGUGGGAGUGUGUUUGUGCUCCUCAAGGAGGGCAGCAGUCUCUUGAACCCAUGAACUUAAACUCUGUUAGAUUGAUGUAAGAACUAUAUACUUAUAUAGGUAAAUAAUACAUGGUCAUGGAUACUAUUUGUUGUAAGACCAUAUUCGAACUUGCCGUCUCAAGUGAGCGAGAGGUGUAAUAAUAUAUGAAACUUUCAUA